ACCUCAUUUACACCAAACCUUCUCUUCCUCCUCCUCCUCCUCCUCCUCAACUCUCUCCUUGUCGAGAGUUUCCAGAAUCAUUCAUCAAUAACAAUGACUGUGGAGAAGGUUACGUGGAUAUCAAUGCUUUCCAGUUGUUUCAAGUCACAGGAGAAAGAGAAACCAUCAUCAUCGAAACCCAAGAAGGAGGUCACUAAACAAACUUCAUUCCAGAGGAUUUCACUCUCUGAUUUGAGCAAUCCCAGUUCACUCUCCGAGGAUCUUUCUAUUUCUCUUGCUGGUUCAAACCUUCACGUUUUUACUCUCGCCGAGCUUAAGGUGAUCACACAGGGCUUCUCGUCAAGCAACUUUAUUGGUGAAGGAGGAUUUGGACCAGUGCACAAGGGCUUCAUUGAUGACAAGGUCAAGCCUGGCUUGGAGGCUCAGCCUGUUGCGGUCAAGCUCUUAGACCUGGAAGGCUUACAAGGUCAUAGGGAGUGGUUGACGGAAGUGAUCUUUCUUGGGCAGUUGAGGCAUCCACAUCUGGUGAAGCUAAUUGGCUAUUGUUGCGAAGAGGAACAUAGGCUUUUAGUUUAUGAAUAUAUGCCACGAGGCAGCUUAGAGAAUCAGUUGUUUAGAAGAUAUUCUGCAUCACUACCAUGGUCGAGCAGAAUGAAAAUUGCUCUUGGAGCUGCAAAGGGUCUUGCCUUCCUCCAUGAAUCAGAAAAACCUGUUAUAUACAGGGAUUUCAAAGCCUCCAACAUCUUGUUAGACUCGGAUUAUACACCUAAACUUUCAGAUUUUGGGCUAGCAAAGGAUGGUCCUGAAGGAUCUGAUACGCAUGUUUCCACCCGAGUUAUGGGAACGCAAGGCUAUGCUGCUCCUGAAUAUAUCAUGACAGGUCACUUGACGGCAAUGAGCGAUGUGUAUAGUUUUGGAGUAGUGCUCCUGGAGCUUCUUACCGGGAGAAGGUCUGUGGACAAGAGCCGCCCUCAAAGAGAACAGAACCUGGCAGAGUGGGCAAGACCCAUGUUGAAUGAAGCUCGAAAACUUGGGAGGAUAAUGGACCCAAGACUCGAAGGCCAGUACUCGGAAACAGGGGCUCGAAAGGCCGCUGCAUUGGCUUAUCAAUGCCUGAGCCACAGGCCAAAACAGAGACCAACAAUGAGCACAGUUGUGAAGAUCCUAGAACCACUCAAGGAUUUUGAUGAUAUCCCAUGUGGACCCUUCGUGUACACAGUUCCAACCGAAGCUGACAAUCCUAAAGAAGAUGUUAAAAAAUGCACUGAACCCAAGAAAGAUGUGAAGAAAGAAAAUGGCCAUCACCACCAAAAGCAUCCACUCCACCAUGGCCAUAGGCGGCAUCACCACAAAUCGGCAAGGUCCCCAGCCAUUCACUCAGAAACUGCUCUACGCCAAAAUCACAGAAAUGGGUUUGAUUCUCCCCUGCACCCAGAAGCCAAGGGAGCAUAGAAAUUAAAUGCCAAAACUGUAAUUAAGUUAAUGUAAAUACAAACUCUUUUCUUCUGUUAUCCUUGAAUUUGCAUAUUGUGACAACACAAGUUAGGCACAAGAAGAAGAAGAAGUGUAAGAAUUAUUCUUGUGGAAGGACUAGUUUUACUUGGAUUUGUUCUUUCUUUCAAACGUUUUGACUUGUAUAAUCUCAUCUUGCCUGGGCAAUUUGGCAUGGAUGGGAGUUCAAUUUAUUUUUGGUGACUUGUUGAAAAAUUUGCAUAUUAUACAAAAUUAUAUAUAUUUUUUAUGGUACAA